AAAAUGCCGCAUAAACUAAGCGAAAUAAAGGCAAAUAUUUGUCAAAUUAUAAAUAAUUUACAACAAUUGGAGUCCGAACAGACUAGUUUAGAUAGCAAGCAGUCUUCUGGACUCCAACAGACAACUACUAAUCUUCUCGAGAGUCUGGAAAAUGAACUGCCACAGGCGGCAGCGCAGGUGCAAAUUAGAAUCAAACAAAGAAAGCGAAAGAGAUUCCGCCGGCUUAAGAACAAAAGAGAAAAGGCAAAAAGCGUGAAGGUCACUAGUGCUCCUUGCGAGGCAUGGACAACUAGCCAAGACUUACCAACUGCAAACAGAAAAUGUAACAGGACGCGCGAGGAAUUAUUCGCCCACAGGCGAUGUAAAGAUGCCCUCAGUAUGUUGAGAAAAUUUCAACUUCUUGAAACACUCUGUGAGCUUCGUGGAGGAGACAAAGCCAAGCUGAGUCAAGAACUAGAUCCUAUGCGUCAAGUGUGGCAACGUGUGCUUCAGGAGAACGCAGAAGAGGCACCCAAAUCCUUGGAUAGCCAAUGGAAAGAAGUCUUGUUUGGUCGGGACUCAGAAUUAGUCGAGUCAAAGGGAGAAACAAGAAAAAAAUUGCUUAAAAAGAGGAUCAUUUGGGAUUCUUACAUAAGCCAAGGUAAAUGGGGCUCUUGUAUACCCAACAAGUGGGUGCUCCCACCAGAUGAACCAUCCUCACAGUGGGCACAGUAUAUAUGCUAAUAAAACUAAUUAAUAAUUACAUAUAUAAAUACAUAUUUCUGGAAUUUUAUUUCUUUAGAAGAAUCUCUGUAUAGAUGUUUUAAGUUAUAUUGAAGCUGGGCGACAAGAAAUCUAUUCGUAGACCCAGUCGUUGGUAGCUGGGGUCCAGGUGACCAACUCCUUCUCGUUGAACCACAAAGCAAUUUCCUUCUCGGCGGAUUCAACGGCAUCCGAGCCGUGGAUUAUGUUACGGCCAACUUGGAUGCAGAAAUCACCACGAAUGGUGCCAGGCAAGGAAUCGGCGGGGUUGGUGGCGCCCAACAUUUGACGGCCAGUCUUGACAACAUUAAGA